AUGGCGUCAAGCGCUUCAAGGUUCAUCAAGUGUGUGACGGUGGGAGAUGGAGCUGUGGGGAAGACCUGUAUGCUUAUUUGCUACACCAGCAACAAAUUUCCCACUGAUUAUAUACCCACUGUGUUUGAUAACUUCAGCGCUAAUGUGGUGGUUGAAGGCACCACAGUGAACUUAGGCCUCUGGGACACCGCUGGGCAAGAGGAUUACAAUCGAUUAAGGCCGUUGAGCUACAGAGGGGCAGAUGUCUUUGUCUUAGCUUUCUCAUUAGUUAGUCGUGCAAGCUAUGAGAACGUGCUGAAAAAGUGGAUCCCUGAACUCCAGCAUUAUGCUCCCGGAGUCCCAGUUGUGCUUGCUGGCACCAAAUUAGAUCUUCGAGAGGAUAAGCGCUAUUUGGCUGAUCACCCAGGAUUGAUACCUGUGACCACUGCACAGGGCGAGGAGCUGCGCAAGCAGAUUGGUGCUUCAUUUUAUAUAGAAUGCAGCUCAAAAACUCAGCAGAAUGUGAAAGCAGUUUUUGAUGCUGCGAUCAGGGUGGUUAUCAAGCCACCACAGAAGCAGAAGGAGAAGAAGCAAAAGGCACGUCAAGGAUGCCUAGUGUGA